AUGUCUAACGCUCCAACUGUCCCAACAGAUGCAUCCACAGGCUCGUAUGAGCGUAUCAAAGUCUCCAACCCGGUCGUCGAGUUGGAUGGCGAUGAAAUGACCCGUGUAAUCUGGAAGAAGAUCCGGGAGGAGCUCAUCUUGCCGUAUCUGGACGUUGACAUCAAAUACUACGAUCUUGGUAUGGAGAAUCGAGAUGCGACGGAUGAUCAAGUCACUGUCGAUUCGGCUAUGGCCAUCUCUAAAUACAAUGUCGGAAUCAAGUGCGCCACCAUUACGCCCGAUGAAGCACGAGUGAAGGAGUUCAAACUCAAGCAAAUGUGGAGAUCCCCCAACGGAACCAUUCGCAACCUGUUGAACGGCACUGUGUUCCGCGAGCCUAUCAUCCUUGAACGAAUCCCGAAGCCCGUCCCCGGCUGGGUCAAACCGAUUGUUAUUGGGCGCCAUGCGUUUGGUGAUCAAUAUAGGUCUACCGACUUUAUCGCCCCUGGGCCAGGGAAGCUUGAGCUUACCUAUACACCCAGAGAUGGCGGCAAGCCAACGACUUUGAAUGUUUACGACUUUGAGAGUCCAGGUAUCGCGCUUGCCAUGUACAAUACCGAUGAGUCCAUCCAAGGGUUCGCUCAUGCAUCGUUCAAGAUGGCACUGGAAAAGAAGAUGCCGCUCUACAUGUCUACCAAGAACACCAUUUUGAAGAAGUACGACGGUCGCUUCAAGGAUAUUUUCCAAGAAAUAUACGAGAAGCAGUACCAAAAGGAAUUCGAAGCUGCGGGCCUGUGGUACGAACACCGUUUGAUCGAUGACAUGGUUGCCCAAGCGAUUAAGUCUUCUGGUGGAUUUGUGUGGGCAUGCAAGAACUACGAUGGCGACGUUCAGUCCGAUAUUUUGGCGCAAGGUUUCGGAUCUCUCGGAAUGAUGACAUCGGAACUUAUCACUCCUGACGGUGGAACUAUCGAAGCCGAGGCAGCACACGGCACGGUAACCCGUCAUUGGCGAGAGCAUCAGAAAGGAAAAGAGACAUCAACCAACCCGGUUGCUUCAAUCUUUGCCUGGACUCGUGGACUCGCUUUCCGCGCGAAGUUGGAUGGAAACGAUCAGCUCAAGGCUUUUACCAAGAAGUUGGAGGACUCAUGCACCGAAGUCAUUGACAAGGAUGGGAUCAUGACUAAGGAUCUGGCACUUGCUAUUCACGGUAAAAGUAUGACUCGGGAACACUGGGUCACUACCACCGAAUACAUGGAUGCUGUGAACGCCAAACUUCAAACCAAACUCAAACCUCAAACCAAGCUGUGA